AAAGAGUUGUGAUAGUGCUGGGAUGGCAGGGGGGUGCUGAGCAGUUUUUGAAGAGGACACUGGAGGAUAAAGGUUCGUGUGACUGACUCCUUCUGUUUCCAAAGAGGAGUUCAUGUCCAGGUUGGCCCAGCAGACAGGAGCAAAGGACACUGGCGGUUUGGCUGCAGCGGUUCAGCUGCUGGUAUGGUGUAGGAUAACGGCCUGAAACCUCCACAGCGAUGAUGGGCCUGCUCAUGUGUUUAGGUUGUGUGUUACUGGACUUCAUGAUGGUCCACAGCCAUGUGCUCAUGCAAGGCCGCAUAGUGGGUGGUCACACCGCUGCACCAAACUCCAUCAAAUACAUUGUGUCACUGCAGAGCACCAAGGGCCAGCACUUUUGCGGAGGAUCAUUGGUCCACAGGUACUGGGUGCUGACCGCAGCACACUGUAACAUCGGGGCAGAGCAUAUGAUGAUAGUGGCGGGCGACUACAUUGUAAAUACCUUUGAGGGCACUGAGCAGUACGCAAAACCCCACAGGGUGGUCACCCAUCCCCUCUACAACAGGAGCACCAACAAUGCUGACAUCAUGCUCAUUAAGUUGCGAGCCCCCAUGGUGCUGAACAAAUACGUGUCACUGGCGCCUCUGCCCAGGCAGGGGACAGGAGUGGUUGAAGGCUUGGUGUGUCGGGUGUCUGGGUGGGGCUACAACAAUCUGGGUGGAGGCCAGGCCCCCUUCACUCUGAGGACGGUCACAGUGCCCAUUGUUUCAACUGCAAGGUGUAACAGCAGUAUGUCCUUUAACGGAAACAUCACAGCAAACAUGAUCUGUGCUGGCUACAGGACAGGAGGAAAAGAUGCAUGCAAGGGGGACUCUGGGGGGCCGCUGGUGUGUGGGGGUCGUGUCUAUGGUGUGGUCUCCUGGGGCAACGGCUGUGGGGAUGCUAAAUUUCCGGGAGUCUACACGGCUGUGUCCAAAUUCCGCCGAUGGAUAGACCAAACCAUCUAUCGGUCAUACCUACGCUGUACAAAAUACUGAUAAAGAUAGGGAUAAAGCAGAUAUCUAUGCCUGAAAAUGCUUGUUCUGACAUGUACCAAAGGUGGUUCCACUGAUCUGAUUAUUCCUAUAAUGUGUUCAGUGCCAAUAUAAUGAUGAUGCAUCUCAUAUACUCCAAUUAUCUACCUGUGAACACUGCUGGUCUCUGCCCGCUGAAGUAAUUGUGGGAUCCACUACCAUGGGCACUUUACUGUGUAUGUCAAUUCCAACUAUGUGAAAUUUAUAACUUGUAAAAAUACCCUUUUGUGGAAAUAACUAUUCAAAUUCAGAGAAUGUGGCGAAUGUUUAAAGCCAAUUUAGAGUUUGACAUUGCACAUGUAUGUUCAGCUAAAAAAGUUAUUAUUUUGGUGAAAAUGUGUAUCUGUGCACCUUAAAGGCCCCCAAAUAUAUUUUUUUAAUCAGCUUCUUACUAUGAACUGUGAGAUCAUACUUGAACACUACAGGUUCUGCUUUAGAACAGUUCGAUUUCCCAAAGAUUUCAAAGUGUAUUUGUGUUUUUCUCUGUGUUUCUCUCCCACUGGGCUGAAGUGGGCGGGGAUCAAACCUGAUUUUUUGGGGUAUUAUAAUCUCAUUAAAUCAUAAACUAGGGAUUUUUCCCAAAAAACUUUCUCAGCCAUACAUUUUUAAGGUUAUAAAAAACUACGAAGUAAUCAUGAGCUUAUAACCAGCAGCAGCAUGAUGUGAGCGCACUCAUUAUCAAGUAAUACAGCAGGUAAAGCGAGACUUUUCUCCACCUGUUGUUGGUCUUACAUUAGGUUUUAGCAUGUAGCAUCAUCCAAUUAUUCUUACUUCACCAACCUCAUUGUGAUGAUGUUAAGCUGUUGAUGGGUCCUCUGUUUUGGUUGAGUGGCAUUUUAGCUGUGGGGUUUGUUGAAUUACAUGUAUUGCUUCUUGUUUUCUCUCUCUAUCUACCUCUUUUUUCUCCUUUGUCUUUCCUUAAUUUUCCCGUAAUUGUUAAUUGACGCUACAAACGCAUUUUUUUUCUAGUAUGAGACUAUUUUGUGUUUAAACUGUAUUCUAUUUUUUUUCAGUUCAUCUAUACAUGAAACUCUGCUUUGUAUCCAUGUCUGAUGUUCAGUGUGGGCAGGUUUGAUGAAUGAAAUGAAAAUAAUCAAUACAGAAACCAGUUCUGAUGACGAUAUAA